AUAUUAUAUAUUUAAUAACUUAUUCUCAUGAUAUCAGUCACUUUCUUUAAUUUUCUCUUGUUUUACAACAAUUUUCUCAAAAGGGGGUAUAAGUACAGGGACUGUGUAGGCUGAGUUUGGAGUUUAUUUGGCUGUCACCAUAAUGCAUAAGCAUUAUUUGCAGUGUCCCACUGAAAUGCAUUACAGGAUUACUGGCUAUUUCUUUUUCAUCAGGGAUGAGCCCUCUGUGCCUCAAGAUCAGAGGGUGACAUGCGCACUGCACGGAGCGCUCACAAGCCGCGGACACAAUGCUGGAAAAUAAAGCGCACAGCUUGCUUCUUGAUAUCUUGCCGUCUCUCAAUAAGCUGUUAUGACUUGUCCCAUCAGGAAAGUGUCAUUCUUGGUAUUCGGUACUGGUAAAUUUACCCUGCGGACCGGUGGAGGUGGUGGAUGUGCUGUGCUUGGAGCUCAGUGGGGACCUGUUGAUAGCCCACCGGAGCUGCAAUGGAGGUGCCAAACAGAGAAGAAUGACAUUUAAUUGAGACGGAAAGUCACAAAGAAGUAAAUCAUCUGAAAAAUCUGUCAGGCUAAGAUGGAGAUCAGGGAUACUCAGCGUGCCUUGUUGGCUGUGGAGAGACUGCAAGCCAAACUGAAGGAGAGAGGAGAGGCCCCCACACAGGAGAAACUCUCCCUGCUAAAGACUGUCCUGCAGAGCCCCCUGUUCCAUCAUAUACUCAGCUUACAGCAAGCUCAGCGGAAGACCCCGGCGAAGGGAAAGGGCAUUUCCAAAUCUGUGUCCAUGAACUGUGGCCCCUGCCAGGGCAUGGUGCUGGACCUGAAGACACUGAGCCACAGUGACUCCUACACAUGGGCCAUUGAGAACCGAAGGUCCAGCACUGCCAGAUCCGUCCACAGGGAUGGCAGCAUCUCUUCUCUGGGCUCGCAGGAUCUGUCCUUCUCAGACAUCUACACAGACAACUGCAUUUACACUGAAUCACAGUACUGUACUCCCCCUCGAAUCUCCCGCACCAUGUCGAUGGGGAGAAACCUGUCUGCUAUUGCUCAUGAGAGGCGUCAUGUGGAGAUGAUAGAGCUGAUAAAUGAUGGGAAAGGGCUUGGUUUUGGCAUCAUAGGGGGACGGAGCACAGGAGUCAUGGUCAAGACCAUCCUUCCUGGUGGCGCUGCCGGACAGGAUAAGCGCCUGCGUAGCGGAGAUCAAAUCCUGCGCAUCGGAGAUACAGAUCUGGCGGGCAUGAACAGCGAGCAGGUGGCACAGGUACUGCGAAAUGCUGGUACCAAAGUGAAACUGCUCAUCGCCAGGGAUACCAAGGACAACCACCUUUCCUCUCCUGUCCUUAGCCAGGACAGCUUGGAUGACAAGCUCAAUGACCUGAAUGAUGACUAUGAGUUCAGUGUGCAGUUCACUAAGAACAGUCGGGGCCUGGGAUUCACCAUUUCCAGCUACAUAGGUGACCUAAACUCAGUCUACAGUGCUGGUGUGAUAGUGAAGAGCAUAACGAAAGGCAGCACUGUCGAUCAAGAUGGGCGCAUCCACAUUGGAGACAUCAUCCUCUCUGUGGAUGGGGUGAGCCUGCAAGGCUGCAGCGAGCAGCGUGCCAUGGAGGUGCUGAGGAGGACAGGUCCUCUGGUCAGACUGAGAUUGCUGAGGAAGGCUGUCCGUCUGAGUCACAUCCUGCCCCCAGUUCCUCCCCUGCAGCCUCUCCGACACUCCCACAGCUUCCAUGAGGGCAAUCCCUACAGAGUGGGCCUCAACAAGAUUCAAGAGACAGGAAUCUGCUCGCUACGUGAAAUCUCCCGCCGAGCAGCAUGUGCCAACAGAAGACCCCGACAUGAUUCCAGAAAUGGUGUGAAACUGACGCCGGCUGAAGAGGAAGACCUGAGGAAGAGGUGGCAGCAUGCAGUCGGACCACGAUAUGAAGUUAUUGUGUGUCAUCUGGAGCGUUUCAGUGAGACAAGUGGUCUUGGCAUCAGUCUGGAGGCUCGGGCGGGACAUCACUACCUGUGCUCCGUCUUACCUGAGGGGCCCGUUGGCCAAAGCGGCAAGAUCUUCACUGGAGACCAGAUAUUGGAGGUGAAUGGGAUCCCUCUCAUUGGAGAGACACAUAAGGAGGUUGUCAAUAUUCUGAAGGAGCUGCCGAUGCGUGUUUGCCUGGUGUGCUCUCGCAUUGUACCCCCUGCAAUUCCCGACAGUGAUGAGGAAGAUGAUGACGAUGUCCGUCUCACCCUGAAAGAGCUGCUGGCAGAGUUCAAUGACAAGUUGGACCAGGGCUGUGUCAUUCCCUGCCCUACAGCUGAGGACAUCACCAAGCGUGGCGUGCCCCCCAUGUCACCUCCUUUGGCCAUGUGGGAGAGAGAUGCUCAGGUGGUGGAGCUGGAGAAAGGCGAGUCGGGACUGGGCUUCAGUAUCCUGGACUACCAGGAUCCAGAAGACGCCACUAAAACAGUUCUGGUAAUCCGGUCCUUGGUGCAUGGAGGUGUAGCAGAUCGAGAUGGUCGGCUGCUACCUGGUGACCGACUCAUGUUUGUUAAUGAAACUAACUUGGAAGGCUCAAGCCUGGAUUAUGCUGUACAUGUCCUGAAAUCUACCGGCUAUGGCCCUGUCCACAUUGGAGUUGCCAAACCAUUGCCGCUGGAACUGUGUGGCAGCUUAACGCCGAUCUCAGAGAGGAGUGUGCGGGCUUCCUGCGAUGACACUGACAGCCACACUCAGGUCAGCCUGCUAGGUGAGGCAGGGGAGGCUAAUACCAACACCAACACUUGUAACUCUGAGGACAACAGCAUCAUCCAUCCGCGUUAUACUACAACGCUGCGUCAUCGUUUCAGCAUCAUGGAAGACGACGAUAGGCAGCAAGCGCCACCUCUGCCCCCCCGCACCAGCUUUGAGAGGACAAUCACUGUUGUCCGGGGCAACCGUAGCCUUGGGAUGUCGGUGAGUGCUAUCAAGGACGGCUCAGGCAUGCUGGUGUGCAGUGUGGUCCAGGGGGGCUCUGUUAGCCAGGAUGGCAGGCUGGGGGUUGGGGACGCCAUCUUGGCCAUCAACGGAGAACCUACCUCCAACCUGACCAACGCCAGGGCCAGGGCCAUGCUCCGCAGACACUCUGUCAUAGGGCCCGAGAUGAGAUCUACCCAUGCAGAUCUUGACAGUCUGUGUGUCUCGAAUGACAUAACCUACGUCCCAGCCCAUCAGGUGGAUGAGUACCGUACUCAUCUGUGUUUACCCCCUCUGGCAUCCACUGAGGCAGACAGCGCGUCUUCAUCAUCCACCCCACCAACCCCUUCUCCAGAACCUGCCUCGGUCCCAUCAAGAUCCCCCGGUCCAGUCAGAGCCAUAGCUCCAACUCCAGCUUCAUCCACCCUCAAACUCUCUGCCUCAGUCAAAUUUAAAGCUGCAGCUCCAGAUCCAGCAGCAGUCCGAACGUCUGCUUCAUUCAAAUCUCCAUUCAGAGGCCCAGCCAUGCUCGCUACCAUCACCCCGACCCCAGACUCAAGUUGGCAGAUCCCAAAAUCUCUAUCUCACAAGAAGAAGGAGGAAGGAAAAGAAGAUGGAGAGAUUGUGGAGGAGAAAAAGGACAGGAGUAGUGCAGAUGGGAAAGUACCAACACUGGAGGUGGAGAUAAAGGUAGACGGUAAAGAGGAGGAAGAAGAGGAGCUUAUUUCUCAUACCUCAGUGUCUUGGGAUCAACCCAGAAGUGUGCGGCUGACUCGAGCACUGGGCCAGUCCCUGGGUAUCAGCAUAAUGGGAGGCAGAGGCAUGGGCCGGAGAAUGAGCAGUGGAGAGAUGAUGAGGGGAGUCUUCAUCAAGCACAUCAGUCCCGACAGCCCGGCAGCACAUAAUGGCACCCUCCGGACUGGAGACAGGAUACUAGAGGUGUGCGGUGUGGACCUAAGAGAUGCCAGCCAUGAGCAGGCGGUGGAGGCCAUCCGCAGGGCUGGAGACUCUGUGGUCUUCCUGGUCCAGUCCGGACAACACAGAUCUCAGUCCCCGAUGCUUACCAACCAUGAGAGACUAACUCCAACACCACAGUCCAACUCACACAGCAGCAAGGAAGCAGAGACUCUCAGUGGUCUGUUCCUUAGUCUCUCCCCUACAAACCCCUUCAUUCCCACCCCCUUCAAGGUACCUUCGCCAACAUCAGAUAGAAUGGAUCGGAGAAGCCCCAUAACUGCCACAACACCAAUCACAGCGGCAGCUGAAGAUGAGAAGGACACUGGCAGGAAAAAGAUGCUUCAGCGUUAUGGCAGCCUGUCUGGGAAGCUCCAUAUGAUUGAGCUGGAGAAGGACCCUGCAGCUCACGGCCUGGGAAUCAGCCUCACAGGGAACAAGGAUGGUUCCAGGGCCCGCAUGAGUGUCUACGUGGCGGAUAUAGACCCUCAAGGACCUGCUGGUUUAGACGGGAGGAUAUGGGUUGGAGAUGAGCUACUGGAGAUCAACGGUCAGAUCUUGUACGGCCGGAGUCACCAAAAUGCCUCCACCAUCAUCAAUAACACUCCGUCUAAAGUCAAGAUAAUUCUCAUCAGGAAAAAAGCAGCUCUGGGUCAAAUGACUCAGGGAUCCAGAACAGAGUGUGAGGAUGCAGUCGACUCCCAGACAGACUCUGCAGAGCGUGGAGGAUUAUCCAGAGACGUUCAGCACAUCAUCCUACCUCAGGAUCACGUAGGUCUUGGUCUCUGCCUGGCAGAGGAGGAGUCCAAGGAAGGACUGGUGGUCAAGUCCCUGAUUCAGCACGGCACCGCCAGUAAGGAUGGCAGGAUAAAGGUUGGAGACAGAAUCACAGCAGUAGGUGAUGAACCUGUGGCAGGACUGUCAGUGUACAAGGUGUCCAAUUUGAUUCUCAAACACCGGGUCACUGUCAAGCUCUCCAUCAGCCGCUCCAAGAGUCUCUCCUCCUCCUCCUCUUCUUCUCUACCUCUCCCGACAGCUCUUUCCUAUCCCUGCUCUCUGUCUCCUGCUUCCUCCCUAACCCUUCCUGUCUCCUCCUCCUCCUCUUCCUCUGUCAAUACCAUGCAGACCUUGCCCAUGGGGAGGUCUGAUUGGCUAGGAUCAGCUCCCACAAUUUCUGACCCCCUGAGCUGCCCAGUUAUGGCUGGCAAGGAAACCACCAUAGAGAUUUGUAAAGGAAAUGUAGGCCUGGGCCUCAGCAUCGUAGGAGGAUAUGACACUCUGUUGGGGGCAGUGAUAAUCCAUGAAGUAAAUGAUGGAGGAGCAGCACAGAGAGAUGGAAGGCUGCAGGCCGGAGACCAGAUAUUAGAGGUAAAUGGUAUAGACCUGCGUCAGGCCACUCACGAUGAGGCCAUUGGCGUGCUGCGGCUAACCACCCAGCGUGUUCACCUGUGUGUCUUCAGGCACCAGGAGGCCUACAAGGAGGAGGACCUGUGGGACGUCUUCAGCCUGGAGCUGAGGCCUCGUCCUGGAGAGGGGCUGGGGUUCACCACUGUGGGGAAGAGUAAUGACACGGGCAUCUUUGUGUCGGAUAUCGUCAGAGGGGGCGUAGCGGAUUCAGAUGGCAGGUUGUUGCUAGGUGACCAGAUUCUGUCAAUUAAUGGGGAGGAUGUCCGUGCAGCAUCACAGGAACAUGCACAGAAGCUUCUACAGAGCUGCAGUGGAACGGCCCACCUGGAGGUGGCUCAUUUUAAAGCCGGGCUGCAGUACUCACAGCGGAGCCAGGAGUACUUUAAGUUAUGUUUUAUCCAGAGCGAAGACUCUGACUGUUCCACCCUGACCCCCUCAAGUGGAUGUGAUGCUUCCCUUGGCCACCAGAGGGAAACAGAUAACAAAACAGGGAGCUACUCAUUUCAAGACAACCCUGACAUCAGAAAAGUAGUCAUACAAAAGGGUCCAUGUGACUCUCUGGGCAUCAGUGUAGCAGGAGGAGUGGGCAGUCCCCAUGACAACGUACCUCUUUUUAUCGCUACCAUGGAUACCAACGGACUGGCUGCCAGAACACAGCAAAUACAGACAGGAGACAGGAUCCUCAGUAUCAAUGAUGUGUCCACGGAGGGAAUGACUAAUGUCCAAGCUGGAGCCCUGCUGAAGAACGCCACCGGAACCAUCAGUCUGCAGGUGGCAGCAUGUUCCGGUGGGAUCAGCACAAAGGACCAUAAUGAUGUGCAUGCCCGGUCGUCAGGCCAGCCCAGCAUCCUGUCCGGCAUUCACAACAACCUCCGUACUCGCAUGUAUAAGACCAUCACUCUCGAGAGAGGCUCCUCAGGCCUGGGCUUCAGCAUUGUAGGAGGGUUCGGCAGCCCGCACGGAGACCUGCCGAUCUACAUCAAAACUGUCUUCAACAAGGGGGCGGCUGUAGAGGACGGCAGGCUGAAACGUGGAGAUCAGAUCAUUGCUGUGAAUGGACACUGUCUGGAGGGUGUGACUCACGCUGAAGCUGUGGACAUCCUGAAGAAGACCAAGGGAACUGUAGUCCUAACUGUACUCUCCUGAGACACAGCCCAGUGUGUCUAACAUUAUGUCAUUAUGUCUUUGCAAAGUAGCCCAUAAAAUGAUGUAGCCUCCUCCUGUAGAACUGCUUCACACAAACCUGAGACGGCAAAUGUGGACAGUUAAAGUCAUAUCGUUUUGGUUAAAAUCACAAGAAGAGUAGAUACUGUAAGUGUAAAUGUAUCUGAAUUUAGUUUGGGGAAGCUACUACUAACUGCAAACACAGCUUGGGUGUGUUUACACACACACAGUAUUUACAUUAUAAACUCAUAUUCCUGUGAAGGUGUUAUUUGAACUAAUAUGUUUAUGUUAUAUGGAUCUUCAUAUCCCAAUCAUCAAUAUCUCUGUAUUCGUACAAACAUACAAUACAACAACAAGAUUCUUUUUUAAAUUACCAUGAAAGCGAUGCUCAUAGAAACCAAAGCACCAAAAGCAGAUAUUAAAUAAGCCAAUACCUCAGUUACCAAGUCUUAGUUAUCCUGUUCAUUGUGUUUCAUUGCCCAUUUAAACACACUCAUGAUGAAAUUACCAUCCCCAAACCCCAGUAUCUGCCAACCGUACAUAUACAUGCAAUAGAAACAUGUCUUAAGAAACAAUGUCAAAUGUAUUUACUACUGUCUCUAGACUUCUGUUGAUUCAGAGUUAACAACUGUGAUAGACUCCUAUGCCAAGUGCUUCUGCCAAUCUUUUGUAUGGCAAUAAGGUUUUAGGACAUUUGCUUUGAAAGACUGUUUUAGUUUUAGUUUUCAUUUACAUAUCCUAAUAAUUAAUAGUGUGUCAUGGUUGCUUAAAUAAUCAGUGUAUUGCUAGACAUGUUGAUAAUUAGCAAUGAUAACCACCUUAUGUUAAGCAAAAAACUCAUUUUGUUACAUCUGUUGAAAGCAGCUAAUACAAAUUACUUAAAUAUCAGCUGUGUGAGUAACUGAUUUAUUAUUUAUUACUGUUUCCAUAAUAUUUAACUUGAUCAGUUGUUUUUUAGGACUUCACAUAAGUUGUGUUAUAGUGUAAUGUGCAAUCUUUAUUUAGAAACCAUCUUAUACCUGUUUUAUAUGAAUUUAUUUAUACUGUGGUAUUUAUGUUUUCUUCACAGUAAUUUAUUUUUAUUUUAUUUAUGUCUGUAGUCCACAGAGCCACAACACACACACCUGUGUGUUUGGCAUUGUGUAACAUUGUAUAAAUGAAUGUACUGUAAGUGAUCCUAUUAAAUGUUCAUUUGUUAGA